CCAUUGUGACAUAAUCGCCGGCAGCGCCCCCUUUGCGUGAACUGAGAGUUAAGGUGUAGAGAUCGUAAACUUGUGACAGUCCCAAUCCGACUGCCAUCUCAGCUUCCCGUUUCUGUUCUUCCUCGUCUGCUGGAAAUUAUAAGGAAAUCUCAAUGGCUGACUUGAAAAGUUACGAGGUUGAGGAGUGCAGGGCAGCUUUUGAGGUGUAUGACACAACAGGAGAAGGAAAAAUUGACGCUGUGUGGUUGGGCUCUUUACUCCGAGCUUUAGACCUCAGUGUGACACAAGACACAGUCGAAAAAUCUGGAGGCACAAAAAAAGAAGGUGAAAAAAUGUUGACAUUAGAAGAAUUCCUUCCCAUCUUCAGUUCGUGCAAGAAGUCCAAGGAUAUUGGUCAGAUCGAAGAUUUACUAGAAGGUCUGAAAGUGUACGACAAGAAUGAAAACGGAACAAUGAUGGCAGCUGAAUUGGCCCACGUACUUCUCUCUCUCGGUGAGAAACUAAACGACAAAGAAGUCGAUGAAAUUUUCACUGCUUGCUGUCCACCUGAAGAUGAAGAUGGUUACAUUAAAUACGACGCUUUCGUAAAGACCAUUUUGGCCGGUCCUCAUCCAGAAUCCAAGUAGAUGAAUUUAAUUGUAGGCAGCGUCAUAUAUAUUUUUUUUAUUCCUGGAGCCGAAGAAGGAACAAAACAACUCAUCUCUCUUCCAACCACACCGUCUACCUCCCUGAUCUCAUUCUCAUUCCUCUCGCUUGAAAUCUCCAAUCCUUUUAAUAUUCUAAAUAAUAUUAUUAUACAACAUUUAUAUACGAUAUAAUGUAAAGUAUGAAAUUAUUUUCUAUAAAGACUCCAGUGAAAAAAAUUAAA